CCGGCAAUAAUCCCUCCCUCCCUCCGACAAGUACCCGUUGGCGCAUGCGCACUGUUCGCAGCACGGAGAAGCUGUUUUUUUUUCGUUAGCUGAUUCGAGCUUUGCGGGCGUACUCCCUGCUUUUCCUUCCCUUCGCUCUUCUUUCGCGAUGUGGCCGCGCAUGGCGGCGGUAGCAGCAGCAGUCGUGGCUCCGGCUCUUGCGUGGGGUUGACCGGCUAGUAUCUCUGGCGCGCACCAAAAUGGCGUGUGUGUUGGAGACACCACUCCGCAUGAGUGUUCUGUCGGAAGUCACGGCUAGCAGUCGCCACUAUGUUGACAGGUUAUUUGAUCCUGAUCCCCAGAAUGUCCUGCAGGGUGUGAUAGAUAUGAAAAAUGCUGUAAUUGGAAACAACAAACAAAAAGCCAACUUGAUUGUUUUGGGAGCAGUUCCAAGGUUGCUGUACUUGCUUCAGCAAGAAACCUCCAGCACUGAGCUGAAAACUGAAUGUGCAGUGGUGCUAGGAAGCCUUGCAAUGGGUACAGAAAACAAUGUUAAAUCUCUGCUGGACUGCCAUAUCAUACCAGCCUUACUACAAGGGUUACUUUCGCCAGAUCUUAAAUUUAUUGAAGCUUGCCUCAGGUGUCUUCGCACCAUUUUCACCAGUCCUGUAACUCCCGAAGAGCUAUUGUACACGGAUGCUACAGUUAUUCCACACCUUAUGGCACUUCUCAGUAGGUCUCGAUAUACUCAAGAAUACAUAUGUCAGAUCUUCUCACAUUGCUGCAAACUCCGACACUGGCAUAGCUGCGGCUUUAAAUCCUCGCCUCAGCCACUUCUAUGUGCCAAUGGUCCAGACCAUCAGACAGUCCUGUUUAACCAUGGAGCAGUACAGAAUAUUGCUCAUCUGUUAACUUCUACAUCUUAUAAAGUUCGAAUGCAAGCACUGAAAUGCUUUGCAGUUCUAGCCUUUGAAAACCCGCAGGUAUCAUUGACUCUUGUAAAUGUGUUGGUUGAUGGAGAACUAUUACCACAGAUUUUUGUGAAGAUGUUACAAAGAGACAAGCCUAUUGAAAUGCAGCUUACAUCAGCCAAAUGCCUUACUUACCUGUGCAGAGCUGGAGCAAUCCGCACUGAUGAUACCUGCAUUGUGUUAAAGACACUGCCAUGUUUGGCACGGAUGUGUAGUAAGGAGAGACUACUAGAGGAGAGAGUAGAUGGAGCAGAAACUCUUGCCUAUUUGAUUGAAGCAGAUAUUGAGCUGCAAAGAAUUGCCAGUAUUACUGACCACCUUAUUGCAAUGCUAGCAGACUACUUCAAAUAUCCCAGUUCAGUGAGUGCCAUCACUGAUAUAAAAAGGCUUGAUCAUGACCUCAAGCAUGCUCAUGAAUUGCGCCAGGCUGCAUUCAAGCUCUAUGCUGCACUUGGAGCAAAUGAUGAAGAUAUACGAAAGAAGAUAAUUGAAACUGAAAAUAUGAUGGAUCGGAUUGUGAAUGGCUUGUCUGAGUCUAGCAUCAAGGUGCGCUUAGCUGCAGUCAGAUGUUUGCACAGUUUGUCACGAUCUGUGCAGCAGCUCCGAACAAGUUUCCAAGACCAUGCUGUAUGGAAACCUUUAAUGAAGGUCUUGCAGAAUGCUCCAGAUGAGAUUUUAGUGGUAGCAUCUUCCACUCUAUGCAAUCUUCUCUUAGAAUUUUCUCCAAGCAAAGAGCCUAUUUUAGAAUCGGGAGCCAUAGAACUUCUCUGUAGUUUGACCCAGAGCGACAAUCUUGCCUUGCGAGUAAAUGGAGUUUGGGCUUUAAUGAAUAUGGCAUUUCAAGCAGAACAAAAGAUCAAAGCAGACAUUUUACGAGGCUUGAGUACAGAGCAAUUAUUCCAGUUACUCUCUGACUCUGAUGUAAAUGUACUAAUGAAGACUUUGGGACUGCUUAGAAAUCUUUUGUCAACUCGCCCUCAUAUAGAUCAGAUAAUAAGUACUCAUGGGAAGCAAAUCAUGCAAGCAGUGACACUCAUUCUAGAAGGAGAGCACAAUGUAGAAGUCAAAGAACAGACGUUAUGUAUACUUGCCAACAUAGCCGAUGGAACAACAGCAAAAGAACUCAUUAUGACAAAUGAUGAUAUCUUGCAAAAAAUAAAGUAUUACAUGAGUCACUCAAAUGCUAAACUUCAACUGGCUGCCAUGUUUUGUGUAUCUAAUCUUAUAUGGAAUGAAGAAGAAGGUUCCCAAGAUCGUCAGGAUAAACUUAGAGAUAUUGGAAUAGUAGAUAUUCUACACAAACUAAGUCAGUCAUCAGAUCCAAAUCUUUGUGAUAAGGCAAAGACAGCACUCCAGCAGUACCUUGCAUGAUCAAAGACAAGUUGAACUGUCAUACAACUCAAAGCUAUAUAAUAAGGAAUAACAGGAAAUAGCCGCACCUAAUUCCUUAUCUUUUGCACAAGGCACCUUGGGCUGCGUUUCUCUCAGGUGCAGGGAGCUGCUUGGCAGGAGCAGUUUAAGUGAUCAGGUCUCCAAUGCACUUGAGGACUUUAUUGAGGUAGUUCCUUCACUCAGAGGACUGUUCUGGGAUUCUUUUCCUGAGCUACCUGAACUGUACUAGAACAAUCAGUCAUCUUUCUUUUCCUUUGGGCCUACAAUUUUCUGCUUAUACCACAGCCAGUGUAUGGCUGUGUCUGGGUGGGUGUGAUACCUCAGAGCUUUUGUUUUCCUUUUUUGUGUUUUUUCUACAGAUUUUCAAGUGUUAACCAUUCUUUGUGGUAUGAAAACUUUAAAGAAUUAUAUACGAUUGAAUUGAAAUGUUAUUUAAAAAGUUUUGUCCCAUGAAGUUUAUUUUGAUCAGAUGAAUGUUUUUAAGUAAAUAUAUGCAUUUGUUAAACCUCAGCUUAAUGUACCUGUACUUCCUCUUUUGAAACUAAACGAGUUGACAUCUAGAUGACUGGUAGCACAUGUAAUGUGACUAACGCUAGCCUCCUACUGCCAUGCGUUACUAACUCCAGCUCCCUGGACUUGGGACAGCAAAAUCCAGAGGACCCAGGGUGGAGCCUUAAGAACACUGAUACCAAGGUUGAACUUGUGGAAAUCAUACCUGCUGGGGUUUAUCCAGCAAGAAAGAUACAGUCCCUGUGCCAGUGCCACUGCUGCCUCAGAGAAAGUACACUUGUUAUAAAACUCUGCAUUGUUCUUAGGUGACUUGAAACUGUGAUGAUAGAUUGAUUAAAGUAAAAAAAACUGGCUGCUGCCAUUUGAAACCAUGCAGUGGUAAAGAUGAGAUGAGAAGCCCCUAGAGGAUCUGGGUGAAAAUGAGACGCCAAAUCUUUUUACUUCUUUAUUUUUCCAGAAUUUCCUCCAGCAGAAGAGAACAAGAUUAUUAGUAUGAAGUUUUUAGUUCUGCAGAAAUGCUUGCCAUCGUCAUGUCUCAUGCCAGUAGGUUUUCUGUAGGCUCAAUCCACGGAUGUUUCUGUCAAGGAGCAAGAGCACCCACCCCAGUCAUCCCAAACUGUUACUUAUAAUUACUAAACAUUCAUAUACCUAAGCACAUCACAUUGAUAGUCAAAGCAAAGGUUAGAGCUUGGGCUUCUGGCUGGGAAGGUUAAUAAGCUGAAGGGAGGCUGCAAAAUAAAACCAGAGUUUUUGUAUAUAAGUCUUUAAUGUAUUACAUUACUCUGAAAGGCAAAUGAUAGUGAUUCAGGGAUAGUAAGUGAUGUCAUUUCUCAGUGUCAUUGCUACAAGCUUGUUGGGGUUGGACUUCUGCAGGUCUGCACAGUGUGCAUCCACCUGCCAACUAGUACCUCAGAAAUAAAGCCUUAUUUAAGUCAUUAAAGUGAUUGUAGCCUUAAUAAUGCUGAGAAGAAUCACUUCCUUGUCGGGUUUGUCCAAAUCAACUCUUGAGGAAGAAAGAAUGGGAAAAAUUGGAGGCUCCCUCAGCCUGGCCACUGCUUUUGCACUCUGGAUUAUUAUUACACCUGCACUCCCAACGUUGUCAUGCCUCCAUCACUCAUAUGCAUAUCCAUUUACUAUGAAAUAUAGAUAUGCUCCAAACUGUGUGGAAUACAGCUGAGAUGUGCAAAUUUUCAUCUUCACAUGUGAAGGUUGCUUUUUAAUAAUGUGGCCCUAUAUGUACGAGAAGGAUAUAAACUAUGCUAAGACAAUCUGGGAAUGUUUGGGAAAAGGUUGGUGAAAUAUUAGGAUGGUAGGUGAUAAUGAAGUGGCAUUUUGCACUCAGUGAAGCAUUGUGAAUAUUUUUUUGAUGUCGCUAUAAAUAUGUACAAAUAGAAAGGCACUGUAAAUAAAAAAUGACCUUUUACUGGAGAACAUAUUUAAAAUGA